CCCCUUUUUCCCACUGAGUUCUGUGGAAUUAUCCUCUGAGAAUUUUACUCCCUGAAAAGAACAAAACUUAACAUAAAUAACUGUGAAACUGUGCAUCAGCGCCUGUUCAAGACGUUUCUUCUUUGCUGCUCUUCACUCACCAUGAAGAACAUUGCACAACUCUUUUUAGCAGUCUUGCCAUGGCUGCUAUUCCUGUUCACUCCCAAAGGGUUUUGCUACCAGAGUGUUCAUUGCCAGUGGGGACCUUUUGGUGAUUGGUCAGAGUGUAAUCCCUGCACCAAACUACAGACAAGAAGCAGAGCCAUGGCUGUCUAUGCACAGUUUGGAGGGAGCCCCUGUUAUGGAGCACGAACUGAGACCAGGGCCUGCGAAACCACACAAGGAUGCCCUCUAGAGGAAGGAUGUGGAGACAGGUUUCGCUGUGUUUCAGGGAAGUGCAUUAGCCGGUCCCUGAUGUGUAAUGGAGAUCAGGAUUGCGAGGAAGAUGGGCUCGACGAACGUGUCUGUGAUCUUGGACGCAAUAUUGUAUGUCAUAACUCAGUUCCUCUACCUGGCAUUGAACUCCUAGGACUUGGGAUUGAUGUGACAUCAGGGGCGUGGAGGGGCAGUGUCAUCAAUACAAAGAGCUUUGGGGGUCAAUGUCGCACCAUCUUCAGCGGACUCCACAAGGCUGAGUAUCGACUACCCCUUAGUACUCUCCACUACAGCUAUAUGGUUAAAGCUGAGAAUGAUUUCAGUGAUGAAAUGUACAAAAGUGAAUGGCACUAUUCAAAGGAGAUUACCAAAAGACAUACAGCGUCUGGGACAACAACAGGAUUUCAAAACUAUGACUACCUACAGAGUCGUGACUGGACUCAGGAACACAGGCUUUUGGUUUUAAAGAAUAACAUAGAGGUAGCUCAAUUCCAGAGUAACUCUCCUCAGUACCUCCCAAUAUCUGAGGAGCUGUGGAGGGCAUUGGCCAAACUUCCAUCUGUGUACGACUACUCCGCCUACAGGAAGGUUCUGGAGAGGUUUGGAACACACUACCUGUCUGAAGGAAGCCUCGGGGGCUCCCUCAGAAUAAUCGCCAGGAUUGAUAGUGAGACUACAAAAUACCUAGAGUCUGUGAGCACUGCAUAUCACGAAUGUGAUAAAAGUGUACGUUGGUAUUUAUUUAUCCCCGUCCGAAAAAACGAUUGCAAAAGUGGGAAUAGCCAUACAUCUACAACUAGAGGUGAUUCAAGACACAAUGAAAAGCCGAAUGUGCGAGUGGAGGGAGGAGACCCCCAAUAUGGCAUACCACUGGAAGCAAUGCGGCCCUAUGAUCAAAACAGGAACCAGGAACUGUACUCAAACUGGGCUGACUCUAUCAGGUCAUUUCCAAAGGUCACAAAAAAAAAGCUGCGGCCACUGUCAGAGCUGGUGAAGGAAGUUCAGUGUGCUGGGGUAAAGAGGCUCUACCUUCGCAGAGCCAUAGAGGAGUAUCUUGCUGAGAGCGACCCCUGCCACUGCCGUCCCUGCAGCAACAAUGGCCUGGCUUUCAUGGAUGGAAAUGAAUGCAAAUGCAUCUGUAAACCUGGUACAGAAGGACUGGCCUGUGAGAGGGGAACUGAAGACGAGGGUCAGCCAGGAGUGAUCCAUGGUAGUUGGUCGUGCUGGUCUGCCUGGUCAUUGUGCUCUGGGGGUCGAAGGUCACGAAGUCGUUCCUGCUCUAAUCCCAUUCCUCAGAAUGGAGGACAAGCCUGUAUUGGAGAACCCACUGAAACGUCUGAAUGUGAAGACCAAGAUCUGCAACACUUAAAAACCAUGGAGCCUCAGUGCUUUGAUCGAACUCUCCCAGCAAGACAGAAUUGUGGAACCCCGCCUGCUCUCAUCAAUGGCUACAUCCUGGACCCUAAGGACAUUUACCUUGUGGGUAGUAGGAUUCAGUACACCUGCACUGAAGGUUACCAUUUUGUUGGUCUCAACACCUUGGAAUGCACUGCUGGUCAAACCUGGUCUUCCAGACCUGGACUGUGUGUGGUUUCAAGGUGCAGGAUCGAGUCCCUCGCUAAUGAUGUCAUAGCCUCUCCAUUAAAGCAGGCCUAUAGCAUAGGGGAGACAGUCACCUUGUCCUGUCCAGAGGGUAGACAGCUACAAGGAGAAGCAACAACUAUUUGUGACUCCAGUCUGAAUUUUUCACCAAACCCAGCAGACGUUAAAUGCAGCCCAGUCAGCAUACAACAAGAACAUAUUCCUACCCAAUGUAAACUGUGGGAGAAGGCUUCCAGAGGAAAAUGUGUUUGCAAAAUGCCCUUUGAGUGCGGUUCUUCUUUGGAGUUGUGUGCCACUGCUGCUGAGGGUAGCAGAAAAACAUCCCUUCUGACUGUGUGCAAAGUGCACGCACUGCAGUGUGUGGGAAAGCAAUUCACGGCAGCCGAAGACAGCAACUGCAACUGGCCACAGCGCAACACGGCAGGCUGCACCAACUGUCACAUGUGGGAGACCUGUGACGAUCAAACCGAUGAGUGCCGCUGCAAGGACUCUGCACUUUGCUUGACCCCAGGAUUUAAUGUGUGUGUCCGUAUUGGGGAGGAUGCAACUGCGGCCACUCAGACCAUGAGUGAGUGUGAAGCAGGAUUACGUCGAUGUAAAGGAGAAAAGGUGUCAGUUGUCAGUAUCCAGCCCUGCACUUCCUAAGGAUGCAGGAUGUGGGCUGAGCUUAUGACCACUAAUUUUCAUCUUCCUUUACACAUGCAUCAUCAGUUAUAUUUUUUGACUGAAUUAAUUUUUUUUCAAGUAUAACUACUUAAAUCACUGUAAUGUCACGCUAUUAUGCAUGUAUGAAACAAAAUGUAACAGUAUCAACACAACAAAAAAAUAGUAAAGUAAUAGUAAAGCUCAA